GGUAUUGGGGGCAGGUUUACUCGGCUGUUUCUCUCUCUCUNUCUUCUCUCUCUUCUCUCUCUCUCUCCUCUGGCUCCUGUAGAAAUAAUGGUUUGGGUAAUUUGCAGCAGAUCUACCUACCCUCUCUCUCUGUCUGCCCUGGCCCUGUAUGCACGACAGCCGCCUUUGCUCGGUGAAAUGACUAUGCCUCUAGGGAUUGACUCCUGCUCUAUGAUUUUUUGGGAUUUUUGCCCCUUUUUUGUUUUAUAAUUUCUGCAGUAUAAAUAGAUAGUUUGUGGUGGGAUUGUUUGUACUUUGCUCUGCUGACUUUAUUUUAAACUUCUGGAGAAUUGCACCUUUCUAGGUGUGUUUCUUUGGCCCUUCGGGUCACUGGUUCUGCACCUUUCUUGGUGUGUUUCUUUGGCCCUUCGGGUCACUGGUUCUGCACCUUACUUGGUGCGUUUCUCUACCCCUUCAGGUCAUUGGCUCUUUCUUAUGCAUUGAUGCUCUUAAAUAAGCAUUGGCUCUUUAAAUUGUGAGCAAUCUGCUGAAACUGUGGAGCAUAUACUGUGGUUAGCCUGAUGCGUUGGUGGUCCUUAAUAAGCAUCGUCUCUAAAAUUGUGACCAAUCUGCUGAAAUUGUGGAGCAUAUACUGUUGUUACCUGUCGGCGAAACAAAAUUUUUUGAGAACGUGACGAAUGAGUUGCAGAUCCCUUUCUUUUCUUUUCUCACACCUUUCUUGAAUUCUUCUGCAUACUGGCUGCUUCUUCCCAAUUUUUUCUUACUUCUGAUUGUUUAGUGCAGUUAUGGCAGCAAUGUCUGUUACAGUUUGUUUUCGCGAAGUGCUACGUGACAUUUGUGAAAGGUUGGCUAUGCCGACGGCUAGAUAUGGUGUUCCGGUUGAGAGCGAUGGAUUUAUUAGUGUUGCUGUUACGGAAACCAUUAGAUGUUGGGGUGCGCCGUCUGUGGAUGUCGACAAAAGUGAAGAAGAUGCUGCACGGCGUGCAGUUGGGAGAAAAUAUAAACGGUUUAAAAGUGACUACUGCCUGUUGAAAGGGUAUUAUGCCGAACUCAUGACCGAAAAAGAUCGUAGCGUUGCCGAGUGCGAGGAGCUGAAAAAAAAUAUGCGCAAGUGCGUCGAGCUAUUGUCGCCGAUUUCUGACGGUGUGGCUGCCAUCCCUGGCAGCAGGGCCGUUUCUGAAGACGAUCCCGAAACACCGUCGGGAUAUAGGGGUUGAUGUAUUGUGGGGGUUUCUUUUUUUUUUUUUUACCUAUAUAUCCUCUACUUUUUGUGGCCUCUCUCUUUCCUGUCGCAACUUUUUUGGGGACUUACCAUCUGGGUGUGCCUAUUCUGGUAGAGGAACUCAUCAUAGGUUUUAUGUAGAGGUGUUUGGCCGUGGGCUUUUGCUAUACCGUCCUCUGUCAGAUGUCGCUGGGGUUCGACUGAUGUAAAUAUAAAUAUAUAUUUGCUUUUAGAAUAUAUAGAUGCUCCCUUUUGGAACA